AGUCUGAACUCGUCUGAAGAUUAUUGUACAAAAGUAAUUGAAAUUAACAAGAAUUUCUAUACUUCAAUAAUAUUUAUAUCCUUGUAUCAGGUGAUCAAGAAACAAUGGGGAGAGGAGAAAGCCCUUCUAAAAAAGGAAAAUGAAGAUUUAACACAAAGUCAACAUCUUCUCAAAGAAGAAAUGGAAAACUUGCAAAAUGAGAAUAGAGAAUUAAGAGAAGAAAAGAUGGCAGAAAAUCUAAGCAGUCAAGUGAUAAUUGACUCUUUAGAAGAACUCAUCAGAGAGCAAGAUGAAGAGAACCAGAAUCAGCUGCAGAUAUUGCAGAGUGAGCUCAGAGAUUCCAAAGAACACGCAGAAGCCCAACAAAAACAUAUUUCUGAGCUUGAGCAGCAAGCACUGUUGGCAAAAGAACGGUUGUCGGAUUGCGAGGGAACAAUUAAGACACUGGAGGAAACCAAGUUCCUGCUUAUAAUCGAUGUCAAAACAAUCGAAGGAGAGCUACUGGCUUUGGAAGACGAUGCAAGGGAAACUUCAUUUGUACUUGAAGAGUUGUCCAAGGAAGUGAGAGACUGGAAAUCGAGAACUGAAGAAAGUGAAGUCAGAUGCUCCUUAUUGGCAGAGAAGCUUUGGGCAUCGGAACAACGAGAAGCCAUUGUUGGUGAAAAGUUGUCGGUUAGUGAAGAGCAAGUGAAAAAGUUAGAAGAAGACAACCAAUCGAAAGAAAAAGUAGGCAAAUAUAUGGAAAUGAAGCUCAAGUUGUUGGAACGCAGUCUUGUUGAUGCCGAAGAAAGUUUUGAAGCGACUUCCAUAAAGUUGCUGGAAAUGACUUUGAAUAUGAGGAACUGGAAGUCAAGAGCACAAGAAUUUAAGACAAAAGCUUCAGCACUAGAAGAAAACAAUAAAAACUUGGAAAGUGAGAAAGAUAGGCUGCUGAAGACCUCGAUCGAUGAAUACAGCAAGCAUUUGAAGCUUAGUCUCGCAAUGAACUCAAAUAUUGCAUCUUUGCAAAACCAGAACAAGGAAUGCAAAGAAAAGAUCGAUGCUCUUGCUAAAGAAAAUCAGAUGCUGUCAGAAGAGAAAAAGUCCAAGUUGCUCGUGGAAAAAGAACUUCGGGCUGUGCAAGACCGAAACAGCGAUCUUAAUGAAGUGAUCAGUGAUCUGAAACAAAUACUUAGAGCGAAGAGCAGGCCUUGGUGGAGAAAAAUUGCCUCUUGUAGUUGAAGAAAGAAAUUUUAGACUUAAUAAGACAGUUGCAUAUUAAAAGAAUUGGCUUAUAAAUGUACUUUUAAGUUUUUUUUGAAUAAUAUUAUUUGUUUUAUGAAAAGAUGUGUUUUUAAUAAAUAUCUUCCUUCUAGUGAAAAAACUAGAACAAGGCUGGUGACUGUGUAGAAAAAGGGCCUGAAUUUUUAUGUAUUUUACGU